UGAACUUGGGGAUACUUUCUAAAAGACAAUAUUUGAGACUCACUACACUGGACAAAGGUUAGUUAAUAGCAACAGAGGGAGAUACCCUGGAAUUUAAAUAGCGAUCAAAGUUUACGGCGUGAUAAGUAAAGAGAACGGUGACAGCGAUUAUGUUUAGUUGUGGCAAACGUCGCUGGUCCUCCAUGGAGGUGUCCCUGAGUGUGCUGUGUGCUGCUCUGCUGGUGGUGUGUGUGGCCUUGCAAAUCGUCGCCUGGGUUGCCCUGCACCCUGAAUCGGACGUGGGGCAACCGCCGCCUACUGACACCAGCCUCAGAGGGAGAAUGGUCAUCACAGAGGGAGCUGUGUUCACUGAAGACCUCCAAGACAAGCAAAGCCUUCAGUUCAAAGCCCUGGCCUUCGACACACAGCAGCUGAUAUCUGAGGCUUAUGGCAUUAGCCAGCUCAGUGAAGAAUUCAAGGCCUGUCAAGUUUUGGAUUUCAGCAACGGCAGCGUGGUGGCGACAUUCAGCCUAGACUUCCAUCAGAGCGUGGAGGCAAAGAAGGCAGAGCUUGAGCUGGUGGCUGGUCUCCAGGGAGUCGGAGGUGGGGCAGAGGGAGGCCUUGUCAUUGACAUCCGGAGCCUCCAAAUCACAGAAAUCCAAACUACAGCUGAGCCUCUCUCUUCAACUUUGCUUCCCAGUUCAACACACCUUCCUUCCAUUUCUUCCACUACUCAAGACAUUCAAACUACAGCCCGGCCAGCUACAACUGAGCCGCUGUUUACAACCGACAUUCCGUCUACAACAUCUACCGCUCUGGUCUGUGGGCCAUAUCAGAUGGCCUGUGGUGACGGCGUCACAUGUGCACCCACAACGCUGUUCUGCGAUGGAGUUCCCAACUGUCCCGAUGGCUCCGAUGAAAAUCACUCCCUCUGUGCAACAAAAUGUGAUGGGCGGUUCCUUCUGAAUGGCUCUUCGGGGUCCUUCCACUCUGACAACUUCCCUCUCCCUUACACCAAUGACACGGUCUGCCGCUGGAUUAUACGAGUACCGAGAGGACUGGCGAUAAAGAUUGAUUUCUCAUCGUUUCACACAGAAGAGGAAAGAGACACCCUCCAACUGUAUGAGGGUGCUGGACGAGACAAAAUACUAAUGUAUACUCUGUCAGGGUCGUCCCCAGGGGCAGUGUGGCUGUUCUCUGACACGGCCACAGCACAGUUCUCCUCUGAUGACAUCAACCAUCUACCAGGCUUCAAUGCCUCCUACUCCUCAUACAACAUAAGUGACAUCUCAAACGAAGAGAAGAUAAACUGCUCCUUUGAGGAGAGCAUGUGUUUCUGGAGACAAGAACCAGAGGAUGAUGGGAACUGGAUACGCACCAAUGCCCCGACCUUUCCCCCACUCACUGGCCCUGACUUUGACCACACCAUGGGGAAUCUAUCAGGCUACUACAUUGUGACUCCUACAAGCCCUGGCCAAUGGGAGAAGACCUUCCAGAUACACAGCAUCCCUCUGACUCAUGAAAAUGACUUUUCAUGUCUCAGGUUCUGGUACCACAUGUACGGGGAGGACGUCCAUCGCCUCAGGAUUCUGCUACAGAAGCGACCGGAAUCCGCGGGUGGGGAUGAGGCUCCGGUAACAGUGGUGUUCCAGAAGGAAGGCAAUUAUGGGAACAACUGGAACUACGGCCAAGCCACCCUCCAGAACACAACCAACGCGACAGUGGUGUUCGAAGCCCAAAAGAGAGGAGGAAUGAGGAAUGAUAUUGCCCUUGAUGACAUCAGCAUGACCACGGGUCCCUGCGACGGCGACCCAGUAGAACCGACGGUGGUUCCCACCCCAACGACGCCUCCACCUGUUCCCUCUGACUGUGGAGGUCCGUUUGACCUGUGGGAGCCCAACUCGACCUUCAGCUCCCCUAACUACCCUCACUCCUACGGAGACGGUGCUAACUGCAUGUGGAUUCUACAUGCCAGGGAGGGAUGGAACAUCCAGCUUCACUUCCUGGAUUUCGAUGUAGAGGGAACCUAUGACAUGGUGGAGGUGAGGGACGGAGCUGGACUGCAGUCUGAGUUGCUCGGUGUUUACUCUGGCACCAAAGGCCCCUCUCCAGAUGUGAUCUCCACAACCAAUCAGAUGACGGUGAUGUUCUUCACAGACAGCUCCGGAUCUGGAAGAGGCUUCAAUGCCAACUUCACCACUGGCCUAAGGCUGGGCAUGCCCGAGCCCUGUGCAGCAGGACAGUUUCAGUGCAGCUCGGGAGAGUGCCUCUCCAACAACAGCGUGUGUGACGGGCAGCCAGACUGCCCUGACGCUUCAGACGAAGCGCACUGUGUGCAUUUCGUGUCUGUGAAUGGCUCCAGUCACAGCCGUGUUCAGUUCCAGGUCCACAGCUCCCGGUACACCGCCUGUGCAGAGAAUUGGACAACCCCGUUGUCCAACCUUCUGUGCCGCCACCUGGGCUACAGGUCAGGAAACGUCCUACCUGUCCCUGCCUUAGCCCAGGAUUCCCCCUUCGCCACAGUGCAAAAUAAAGAUGACGGAUCCUUUAAAUUGGCAUUCAGUGAAACAUGUGCUGGGGAAGAGAUUGCAUCUCUGCUCUGUGACAAUCAGCCUUGUGGUUCCCGCCUGGUCGACAACGGGACCGUGUCCGGGAGAGUGGUGGGAGGAGUUGACUCUCAGGAAAAGGCGUGGCCAUGGAUCGUGUCUCUUCAUUGGAGGGGCCGUCAUGUGUGUGGAGCUUCGCUAAUUGACAAUGAGUGGCUGGUCACUGCGGCACACUGUGUCUAUGGGAAGAACAAUCAUCUGUCCUACUGGAGAGCAGUCCUGGGCCUACACUCCCAGGAUGCACUGAACUCCAACCACACACACACCGUCAGCAUCGACAAGAUUAUCAUAAACAAACACUACAACAGGAGGACCAAGGAGGCGGACAUUGCAAUGAUGCACCUUGAAACACCUGUCAACUUCACAGAUUACAUUCAGCCUAUAUGUCUGCCAAGAAGUAACCAGCAAUUUGAGGCUGGGAGGGACUGUUUUAUCGCUGGCUGGGGAAGGGUAGCAGAAGGAGGCUCAGUCGCUAACGUGUUACAGCAGGCUGCGCUGCCCCUGGUGGACAGGUCAGAGUGCCAGAGGCUGCUGCCUGAGUACAACAUCACAACCAGGAUGGUUUGUGCAGGCUACCCUGAAGGGGGAGUGGACACCUGCCAGGGGGACUCUGGGGGUCCGCUGAUGUGUGAAGAGGAUGGCUAUUGGUUGCUGGCAGGCGUGGUGUCUUUUGGGGUAGGGUGUGGCCGACCCCAGCGGCCUGGUGUUUAUGCCCUGGUGUCCCAGUUCAUUGACUGGAUCAUCCAUAUAAGGCGUUUUUUGUGACGCCGGAAGUCUUGGGACUUGGGAAGAAAGCCGAAUCCUGCGCUGUCUCGUCGGACUUGAGCAUUCAAUCCUUCAAUUAGCUUAAUCGGAUUCAAUUAACUUAAUCGGAGUGUCAGGUGUGAUGAGUUGAAAUAAUCUCUUCAAUGUAAAUGCUGGGUUCCACCACACAUUAACAUGAUAGCAGUGCUUUUCAACCUCCCUUGCUUAUCGUAGCCCCAAAUAAUUUUUUAGUUUGUGUGAGAAUGUAUUUUUUUAAUAUUGGCAUUACAACCAAAACAAAGUCUAUUUAUCAUGGAAGAAAAUCCAUUUGUGUGUCAUUAUUAACUAAAGAUGCAGAAGUUGUGAUUAAGUGACUUUGGAGAAUUCUACUUUACUUGCACCUUGUACGGUUUGAUAUAUUUCUGCUAGGAUACGGUUGAAGCAUUUGUGAAAAAUUCACUCAUAGGGUUGUUUGAGGUCAACUGUUUUUGGUCAAUUGCAUCAAAUCAAAUUUUUCUAUUACAGAAGAUAAAAAGACACCAGACUGUGAGUUCUUGUUUAUUUAGACUAAAAAGUCCCAAUAUUUGUCACACCACUGUAGUACUGGACCUUUGUCACAACAAGCAC